AUGAACGCAAACUGCAUCCGGCACACCGACUUCACCGAAUCUCCCGACUCGACCGACUCGGCUCCUGUUUUCGGCACGUCUCUAACUCACUGAAGAUUGCAGCAGGUCGGGAGACAGGGACUCAGGGGAAUCGAAGAUGGCUCAGCGGAGCAAAGAGCCCUGCAAGAAGGAAGCCUGCAACAUUCAAGCUUGCCUUUCCAAGAACAAUUUCCUCCCUCAAAAGUGCCUUAAAGCCAUUGAAUCGCUGCAAAUUUGUUGCGAGAAAUGCAACUACAGCUCAACACAUUGUGCUUCUGUUUCUGACCUUUUGAGGAUUUCGAAGUAAGAACCAGAAUUGCUAUCUAGACCAAAACAAUCAGGGGAUUAGAUGGUCUUGUGGAAUGAAAACUUGGACAUAUUUUUGCAAUGGACAUUUUUUCGCAAUGACUGCAUCGCAAAGUUCAAUACUUAUUGGAUUUCUGUACCAAAAUGCAGCUAAUUGAGGGUGCUUAUAGAUUUUUUUUUUUUUUUUCCCUUUUAUGAUAUUAAAGUGAGAAACUGUUAAUAUGUGAAAAUAAUUUCAACAGAAUUUUGCUGACAUGUUUUUAAUUUAUUAGGAUAUGUAGUUGUUCCC